AUGGCGGAGCCAGCCAGCCUCUGUGUCAAGUGGCAGGGCCAGGAAUAUGCAGUACACCUGACACCAGAGGAUACAGUAGCAACGGUGAAGCACAAGCUGGAGCAACAGACGCAGGUCAGCGCCAAGAGGCAGAAGCUGCUCGGCCUGAAGACCAGAGAUGGCAAGCUGGCGGGCGACGAAGCGAAGGUGUCGGACCUGGCGAUCAAGGCGUCCACGAAAGUGAUGAUGAUGGGGCAGCGGGAGGAGACCAUCGCGGCGGCCGAGGCCGAGGCGCUGGCCGCGCCGGAGGUGCAGGACGACUUUGACCUGCGGCCGGAAGAGGAGCAGGCAUUGGACGUCAAGGACCAGCCGGAGGUCUUGGAGAAGCUGCAGCGGCGGAUCAGGAGCGUGGAGGUCAAGGUGAUGAACCCGCCGCGGGACGGGAAGAAGUGCCUCGUGCUGGACAUCGAUUACACACUGUUCGACCUCGGGUCUGCAGCCGAGCGGCCGGACGAGCUGGCGCGCCCCCACCUCCACGAGUUCCUGCGGGACACCUACCAGUUCUAUGACAUAAUCAUAUGGAGUGCAACCAACAUGAAGUGGGUGGAAGUGAAGAUGCGGGAGUUGGGGGUGCUGGGCAACGAGCAGUACAAGAUCACCGCCAUGCUGGACCACGCGGCCAUGGUCACCGUGCAGACUGAAAAAUACGGCGUGUUUGACUGCAAACCCCUGGGUUUCAUCUGGGCCAAGUUCCCAGACCACUACAAUGCGGAAAACACUGUCAUGCUGGAUGACCUCAGGCAAGGGCGGGCGUGUGCCUGGCGGAAUUUCGUGAUGAACAAGCAGCAGGGCCUGGUCAUACGGCCCUUCAAGCGCGCCCACAUGAACCGCGACAAGGCGAGCCUGCUGGGUGACAACGAGCUGCUGCACCUGAGCCACUACCUCUGUCUGGUCGGGCCCCUGCCCAGCCUUGCAGACCUGAACCACAGAAAGUGGGAGUCAUACCUUCAGAAGCACGCCGCGGGCUUUGGCGGGAGCUUCAGCAGCGGCGGCGGCGGCGGCGGCGCGGGCAGCAGGAGCGGGGGCAGCGGCGCACGGGGCUCGUGA